UUCGCUCUAUUUGUAGUGGCUGGCACAAAUGUUUUCCUUCUGACUUCAGGGAAAAUACCAAUAUCUUAAAAACAGAUAUGGACCAAUGAGUCAUUUGUAAAAUAGUGCAUUGUAUGGUUUGUUUUUGAUUCAGGAAGAGGAGGUUGUUUGGAAUGUAUUGAUGUAAAUUGUAAUUAUCAUGAACUGCCAUUACAUUUGUAUUGACUGUAUUGUUUAUCUCGAAUAAUUUACAUCGUAGUCGUGUUUGCUCCAAAAACAGUUUAAAUUAUCGCAGUGUGUUUUAAAUCGAUUAUUUCGAAAAACUUUUCUCGAAGAAUUUGUUUGUAAUCUCAUCAACUUGACAAUUCUUGUUCUGAAACUGUUGUAUCAGUAACUAUACUAUCAGAAUGGCAUUGGUAUAUAUUCACAGUGAAUAGGACGAGUUUGUGUAUUUACAAUAAUAUCAUGGUACUUUACUAGUGUCUGUAAAAUUGCCAUUUAAUUAUGCCAUAUUGCAUCCAUACAAAUCUUUUAGGUUUUUCCGGAAAGUAUGCUAGACUUAACAUAGACCUUAGGUAACAUGUAUCUAUUUUUAUCCUACUAACGUGAAUCACGCCGUGUGUUUAAACACAUACACACACACACACGCUCACAAACGCGCACUAUAUAUAACAUAUACGCAAUAUGUGGGAUGUUUCAUAUACCUGAUCACCAGGAGUAUAGCAUGAGAUUUAUUUACGGCGGAAAGAUCAUCGAACGUGAUUCGCCUUGUGACCCCAUGGAAAUGCCAUCCUCAGAUCUCCGAGAUAUUAUCUCCUGCCCAAUAUGCUAUGAAGACUUCGAGGAACCAAAGGCUCUGCCGUGUCUCCAUACAUUUUGUAAGGAAUGUUUACAGCAGCUAAUUGUAAAAUCUAUGGAACCGGACGUAAAGAAAUAUUUCCAUUGUCCAUCAUGUCGAAGGAAGGUCUACGGUCCGAAAGAUGUAGCGUUUGACAAGUGGGCAAACACUUAUCCAUCCAACCACACAAUUAGGACCCUGCAGGACAAUUUCAAAAUUGAGAACACUGAUAGCAUCUGUUCUCUACACAAAGGGAAGGAAAUGGAAUUCUUCUGUACUGACCACGAACGUACGAUCUGUUCCCUGUGUAUGGUAAAGGAACACAGACAGUGUAAGGAGGUCGACACAAUUGAAGCCGCAGCUGACAAAACACGAGAGAAAAUAUCUGAAAUAGACGAAAACCUUCAUAUGCUUGACAAUUGGGUGGAUAAAAAGAGGAAAAGGCAACAUCUGGUCCAAUCACAUCUGUCUGGUAUCGAGACAAGUGUGCGGACCUGGCGGAAAGAAAUUAACGACGAGUUAGACCGAUGGGAAUCUAACGUAACUGAACAAGUACAAACUGCUGCAGCAACUGGAAUCAGUCAACUGGACCAAGAUAUUCGACACGGAGAGCACAUCAUGUAUAACCUCAAAAACGCUAAAACUGAGUUAGUUGGUGUCGAUCAAAGCGCUCGGCGGAUAUUGGAUGAAAGAGCAAGUAUUGCCAGUGUUCUCCGCGAUGCAAAAGGCGUUAUUAAUUCUGCGGAUUCUAACAAAACUUACUUUCUGUUCAAGUUUCAGGGUAACGAGUCUUUGAAAAAGUCCCUCACAACCAUUGGCGAAAUUAAAGUCAUCACCCGUGCCAACGAAACUCUUUCAGCGAAAGAUAAUUUCACUGGUGAUAUGUCAGGAAAAGGAAAUCUGUGUUUGCGUUCAGGUGGGUGUGCAAUUACAACCACGGCGGACAUAGGAGUCUCCCGAACAAGUUUGAACCCAAAUGCCAAACAAUUCAUGCCGAGAGGGAAAUUCAACGCCCGUACAAGUCGUGAUAAAGAUGAUUGUUUGAUAACCGGGGGUACAUUUUUACCGGAUGGAAAUCUUGCUAUUACUGAUCAAAGCAAUGGCAAGAUUAAAUUCUUUGACCAUCACUUCAAUCUAUUGUCCGAAAUGGGUUUCAGCUCCGCUCCUUGGGAUGUCUGUUCCACUGGUAGUGAUAUCAUUGCUGUCAGUUUUCCCGACGACAACCUUGUACAAUUCUUCAAAGUGAAGGACGGACAAAUCCGCGGCACGGAAGGAAACAUAAAAACACCAGGCCGUUGCUAUGGUAUCGAUAUCCGAGGAAAACUAUUGGCUUUCACCUGCAGGAGCCGACAUGAUAGUUCAGUGCACGUUAUUCAUCGAACAGAGGGACAGAUAUUGGGGACAUGGUUCAAGGACAAAAAUGCUGUUUCGACAGCAGGUGGAAUGUGGUAUCUCGCAUUUGACGACAAUGGUGACAUUUUGUAUGUAACAGACGACGACGAAAACAGGGUUUUCACUCUCGCCGUUGAUAGCAGCCUAGGUACCUCAUUGAAGUUGAUCAAUACCCAAGAAUGCGACAAUCACAACCCACGUGGCGUUACUGCUUGCGGACCAAAUAUUGUGGUGACAAGUCCAGCCUAUGAUUUUGACUUGCGUGUUUAUCCGCAAGGUCCAGGCACAAAAGUUAUCAAAGCAAGAGGGGCUGUCGUCAGCGUAGACCGUAAAACGAACCGCAUGUUCAUCUCACCGCCGUCAACGGUGCCACAUUCUAAAAGCAAUAUUUGCCAUGUUCGCCCUUUCACAUGUUAGAACUAAUGUUUUUGUUUCGUUCUUUGAGGAAUUCAGACCCCUGUUUAUUGCCUCUCAGAAUGGGACAUACUACACUGUACGUGACACCAAAUUAAAGGUAAAAAAAAUACUAAUCUACAAAUACAUUUUGUCAAGCAUUUGUGUUUUGUUUCAGAUAUUCCG